AUGUUGAGUCCAAUGCAAACAAACUAUGAAUCUUUAAUUACAGUCACUGAAUUAACUUGUGAUACUUGGGUUCCAGAGAAUUUUUAUCAAACUCUUUCAAGAUCUCGUAAUUUAGAAAGUUUGCAUAUUUACCACCCUCAACGUGAUUCCGAUGUUGUUGAUUUGGCACUCCUUAUUAAACACCAAACUGGAGGGAUACAACAUAUCAAACUUUCCGAUUCUGGUGCCAACAUAACAAUGUUGUUAGAAAGCUUCGGUACUCAAGCCUCAACUUUGUCUACACUCAGACUUUAUCGAACUAACCUUACAAAUAAGGGACUAGAUGCGUUAGGGAAACUUGUUAAUUUAAAUUCUUUAGAAUUAGAUAUGUGUAGAUUUUUAUUAUGUUUCCCUUAUAAAGCUCCAGACCUUUUAUGGCCGAAAUUAAAGAGAUUACAUUUAUCCGAAACGGAGGAUUUUGUUGACAUACCAGCCAUUAUUGUAAUUAUAACCAAGGUAUUAUUGGGUUUGGAUGAAUUGUUAUUACAUCAUCAUCUUAAGCAUAAUGAUAUAAUACAAAAAACUGUUAUUAAAACUGUUAUUAAUCAAUUACCCAAUGUAAGACAGUAUGACAUUUCCCCAAACUGGCUUUUUACUAAGGUUGCUAAUAAAGUUUAA